AGUUGAGUCCGCGGGAGCCGCUGUCGCCGACUCGUCCCCGUUGCCGCCGCCCCGCGCGGCCCCGCCGCCGGCCAGGAUGCUGGAGGAAGCGGGCGAGGUGCUGGAGAACAUGCUGAAGGCGUCGUGCCUGCCUCUUGGCUUCAUCGUCUUCUUGCCCGCCGUGCUGCUGCUCGUUGCGCCGCCGCUGCCCGCUGCCGACGCCGCGCACGAGUUCACCGUCUACCGCAUGCAGCAGUACGACCUGCAGGGCCAGCCUUACGGCACGAGAAAUGCGGUGCUCAACACGGAGGCACGAACCAUGGACGCGGACGUGCUGAGCCGCCGCUGCGUCAUGAUGCGCCUGGUGGACUUCUCCUAUGAGCAGUACCAGAAGGCUCUGCGCCAGUCAGCCGGUGCCGUGCUCAUCAUCCUGCCACCUGCCAUGUCCGCUGUGCCGCAGGACGUCAUCCGCCAAUUCAUGGAGAUUGAGCCUGAGAUGCUGGCCAUGGAGACCGUCGUCCCCGUGUACUUCGCCGUGGAGGACGAGGCCCUGCUCUCCAUCUACGAGCAGACACAGGCAGCGUCCGCCUCCCAGGGCUCCGCCUCAGCUGCUGAAGUGCUACUGCACACAGCCACCGCCAAUGGCUUCCAGAUGGUCACCAGUGGGGUCCAAAGCAAGGCUGUGAGCGACUGGCUCAUCACCAGCGUGGAGGGGCGGCUGACCGGGCUGGGCGGAGAGGACCUGCCCACCAUUGUCAUUGUGGCCCACUACGACGCCUUUGGAGUGGCCCCCUGGCUGUCCCACGGCGCAGACUCCAAUGGGAGUGGCAUCUCAGUGCUGCUGGAGCUCGCCCGGCUGUUCUCCAGGCUGUACACCUACAAACGCACCCACGCUGCGUACAACCUGCUGUUCUUUGCUUCUGGAGGGGGCAAGUUUAACUACCAGGGAACCAAGCGCUGGUUGGAAGACAACUUGGACCACACAGAUUCCAGCCUGCUUCAGGACAAUGUGGCCUUCGUGCUCUGCCUGGACACCCUGGGCCGCGGUCGCAGCCUGCACCUGCACGUGUCCAAGCCGCCGCGGGAGGGCACGCUGCAGCACGCCUUCCUGCGCGAGCUGGAGAUGGUGACGGCCCACCAGUUCCCUGAGGUGCGGUUCUCCAUGGUGCACAAGAAGAUCAACCUGGCGGACGACACGCUGGCCUGGGAGCACGAGCGCUUCGCCAUUCGCCGCCUGCCUGCCUUCACCCUCUCGCACCUGGAGAGCCACCGCGACGGCCAGCGCAGCAGUAUCAUGGACGUGCGGUCGUGGGUCGACUCCAAAACACUGACACAGAACACGAGGAUCAUUGCUGAGGCCUUGACCCGCGUCAUCUACAACCUGACCGAGAAGGGAACCCCUCCUGAUAUGCCCGUCUUCACCGAGCAGAUGCAGGUCCAGCAGGAACAGCUGGACUCGGUGAUGGACUGGCUCACCCACCAGCCGCGGGCUGCCCAGCUGGUGGGCAGAGACAGCACCUUCCUGAGCACGCUGGAGCACUACCUGAGCCGCUACCUGAAGGACGUGAAGCAGCACCACGUCAAGGCCGACAAGCGGGACCCCGAGUUUGUUUUCUACGACCAGCUGAAGCAGGUGAUGAACGCGUACAGGGUCAAGCCGGCCAUUUUUGACCUGCUGCUGGCUGUCUGCAUUGGUGCCUACCUCGGAAUGGCCUACACAGCUGUGCAGCACUUCGAUCUCUUGUACAAGACAGUGCAGAGGGUACUCCUGAAGGCCAAGACACAGUGA